AAAGUUUGUGUAAAGUGAAUCUGCUUGUUGAUUUAUUAAAAAUAUAAUAAUUUUUAUUAAAAAAGUACACAUUUUUUCAAAGUUUUCCAAAUUAAAAAGACAAAAAUGGAUAAUGAUGAGAUAAUUAUGCCGGGCCAACACAUUGAGAAGGCUGAAAAUUUAGCCAAAUCUCAAGAAGUUAUAUUAGGUCCUGGGCUUCGAAGAAUAAAUGAUAAAGUUAUAGCAUCUAAAGCUGGUAUACUUCGUUGUAAAAAAAAUAGAUUCUAUAUAGAUAAUUAUCAAAAACGUUAUGUCCCAGUACAAAAAGACUCAGUCAUUGGAAUAGUAACACAAAGAGCUGGAGAUAUAUUUAGGGUUGAUAUAGACGCUCAUGAAUUGGCAUCAUUGAGUUAUUUAGCUUUUGAAGGUGCUACCAAAAAAAACCAACCAGCGGUGGUAGUUGGGGAUCUUGUUUUUGCAAAAUUGGUACUUGCAAUAAAAGAUUUGGAACCUGAAUUAGUGUGUGUUGAUUCUAAAGGGAAAAAAGGUCGUCUUGGAGUAUUAAAAGAUGGUUUCAUGUUCAAAUGUAGCAUUAAUCUGGUACGAAAAAUUCUUCGACCUGGAUGCCCUUUAUUAGAAGCACUUAAAAUUGAAGUUCCAUAUGAAAUAGCUGUGGGAAUGAAUGGUAGAAUAUGGAUAAAAGGUAACAAUAUAAAAGAGACCAUAGCAAUAGGUAAUGCUAUAUUAAUGGCGGAAUACGCAUCCGAUGAAAAAAUUAGACAAAUGUGUGAAAAUAUUGGAAAUAUAUUAUUUAAAUAA